AGAUGAAAUGACUGGAGAUGCGAUCUGCUGUGAUAUGGGAGCAGUACAAUGCUGCGCGUGAACAGCUUCAAACGCGUAUAGCCGAAAAAAUACGAAGACAAAUGAGCACACUAGUUGGCAACAUGGAAAGUGCGGAUUUACUGUUGGUAGCUGCCGACGGGCGUAAGCUUCCUGCGCACGAAUGUAUUCUGCGUGCGCGGGCACCCGGAUUUUACCAGCGACAUGUCGAGGCUACCGUAGCUGCAAUGGGCAAGCAGGAGGGACGCCUGCGAGAGGUGGCUAUCGGCGACAUCGAUUCGUCGGGCCUCGAAUUUUUCAUUCAUUCCGUUUACACAGAGGACGAGAUGGCUCAGUUCCCAUCUCAGCUUGAAGAAGAACGCCGCGAUUCAUCACGUGCGUCAAACCGAUCGCUAGCCAUGGACGAAUCCACAGCCGAACUGGAUUUUCACCAGAGAGGGGCGGAUGAUAGGUCGCUAGAGGAGGAAACCCCGACUGCCGGACGACCGCCUCUCGGUGAUUUUUUAGAGUCCGGAAGCUAUCCGCCUUCUCCCCGUCGAACUAUGACGUCAUCGACACCGCCGUACAUUCCGUCUUCAAAUUCGACUACAAGUCAAAUAGAUGCUGCGACGUCUUAUGCUUCGAAUCCGAUGGCGUCAUCAGCACCAGUGAUGACGUCGUUCAGAGAUCUGGCAUCGGGCUCUCCGAUGACGAGUUCCGCUUAUUCUCUCGGCGGGAGAAGCGAGGUCGCUGAUAUACCGGAGGAAGACGAAGACUCGCACGCAGAAAGGCGACGCAGUAGAGGGGAAAUUUCAAUGAGCAAAUUCAUACGACUAGACAGAGAUGAGCCGAAGGACAUACAAAAAGAAUACUUGGAACGAAAACGCUCGCGAGAAGGACCCAAGCAAAUCUUUCCAAUGUUCAUCGGGUUGGCCGAUGCUGAUGUUGAACAACAACGGCCUGCUGACGUACCUCGUAGUGGACGAAUCAUAAUGACGAAACGACUAUCAAUGACGUCAUUAACUUCUCUAAAUAGCAUUGACAUGACACCUACUGCUGAGGCUCAAGUACCACAACCGGAUCGUGCGCCCUGCAGUCGCUUAGCUUCAGACCUCAUGCAAAUGUACCUCAAUAAUCAAGACACGGAUGUUGUGAUACGAACAGAAAGUGGAGAUCUACAUGCACACAAAUGCAUUUUGUCAGCUACAUGCCCAUUCUUUCGACAGCAGCUACAAAAAUCAAGACGGAUUGAAAUGAAAGGAUACUCACGAAAUGCUAUUCAUUUCCUCUUGUGCUUUCUUUACGGCGGUCUGACUUCUAUACCCGACGAGGUAGACGUUUGGGAAGUCAUCGCUUUAGCUACACAUCUCAAUCACAAAGAUCUGGCAGAUGUCGUGAUACUCCACCUUAAAGCGACAAGAUGUCACUGGUUCCAUCGACCGUGUGCCUCGUGCGUGUCUGCCGUCUUUGACGCUCUUCCACAGUUUGCCUCAAUUCGAUGCCUUAAGCCAUUAUAUGAUGAGGCUUUGUUGUGGCAAGCGCGACAUUUUGCUAGAAUAUGGAAGGGCCGCGUUUUCGGUCACCUGAAUGAAAGGUGGCAGCGCGAAUGCUACGAGGCCAUAAUUCAGCACAUGGACGAUGAGACUUUGAUUGACACUAUAUUAGGCUGCGAACGGUUACAAAUAGCGUUACCCCGUUCAAAAUCCGAGUCGGCCCUGGCCGUGCUGCUGUUAGUCGACGACGUGUUGGAAGUGGCCAUGCAGUUCCUCGUUCAUUCAUUCCAUUUAGUAGUCACAAGUCGCUCAUUUCAACAACAAGGGAAGGGCCUAGCGCUGAAUUUGGGCGUGUUGGAAGGCCUACUACCUUCUAUUGUGCAUUCGCUUUCUGCAGAUGUGGCUAUCAAGACUUUCAAAGGCUUAGACGAUCUCUUGGAAGACAUCAAAAACUGCCCACCUGCACCCAGUAGACCACUCAAUAUUCCACUAGACGAAUAUAGCCCUCGAUUCUGCUCACUCGUGCGCCGAAUAUAUGAAUUGGUCGAUAAGCAUCUCUUACAUUACGCCGCUUCGGUUGUAAAGGCGGACGCUUGGCAUCUGCUAUCUGAGCGUCAACAAACGCGAAUACAAGAAGCGGGUUUGUUCGUGGAGUUACGACAACCGAAGGCACCACCACCUCGUUUCUCCAGCCAUAACCGAAGCUAUAAACGAUCGGCAUCAGCGGGAGUGCAAGCCUCCUUCGAAGUCCCUCCAAUAGAGCGAUCCCACUCCAUAGAGAGAGGAAGACAUCUGUCCACCAUACAGCAGACGGCAAGCAGCUUAGAAGAUGAUAUACAAAAAGCAGAACCAGUCGAAGAUGAUAAUAAGGAGGAGGUCUCUGUGGAGAAAAAGCGUGAACGCAAGGAUGAGCCAGUCGCAGAUGCAAGAGAAGAAAAAGACUCAGGAAAUCCUGUGACAACAAAGAUCAAGCAACCGUCAGCGUCAAGGCAGGCGUCCAAAGAACGCAGCCCUGGUUCUCGGUCUGCAUCCUAUGAGAAACACGCAGCAGCGCUUCCCCCACCUCCGGAGCGACGAACAUCUACGCGAGACGAAUUGGCGCUGCUCACCGAGUCUACUAGCAGCGCAUCUAACCAAGCUGAAUCUCCACGUACUAGAUCUAUGCGACCAAAUGAUUCAAGGAAAUCAUCAUUGAAGAAAAAAUCUGAAACUGAGGAAGGGAGACUGGAACGCCAAGGAACUCAUACGAUCAUGAACGUCGAUCGCGGAAAAGCUGCUGAACUUCCCGGACCGGGGCCUUCUCCGACGAAGAAAGUGGAAAAACCAAAAUCCGUUGUAAAGCCAAUGGUGAAAGAUCCUCCAUUAGCAAGUGCAGCCCAGCGAACAACUGCUAGGUCGGUUCCAGUGAGAUCUUCAAGAGAGGUGAGAUCGACAUUUACAUCGAAGUCAUCAAUUCCUAAAAGUGUGAGCACGACUCCAACAAGAAUGGGCAUCACGCGGCCACCGGUACGAACUGCAGAAUCGAAAUCGAAGGCAACUCUAACGAGGACGGGACGGAGUCCAAGACCAGCUCGCAAGGCCACAAAUUCAAUUGAGAAGUGACCAUUCUCAUGCACUUUCAACCUUGUUUUAAUGCUUAAGCUCACCGGUCCCAGCGAUUCAUAUUUUCUUUCACUCAUUUCCUUGGGAAUCAUUAUCAAUGCAUUUGGCUAUUAGAACGUCAAAUAUCUACCAAGUAGUGGCAGAUACGGCUCUUCAUACAAUUAUGUUUUUCGAUAUUUCUACCAAGAGCAAACUGUAUUCGCAUGUGCAAUACCUAGAUCGUGGGAAUCUCCUACUCACUAUGUACGACAGCUUUCCAAAUUGUAUCUCUUCCGCUACCUACUGCUUAUUGCUUGUAUGUACUCGCAAAUUUGUAAGGGAAACUGCCUCAGAAUGUUGUUUCACAAAUGUGGAGGUGAUUUUUCCUAAAAGGGGAUUAGAAAUAUGUCGUUGUCGAUUCGUACAUGUUACACGUAUGGGUAUUGCGUCUCAGCAUUUUUUUCUUUGCGUCUUAGUGCGUUUGGAUUACAGAUCUCUUCCAUGGCGUAUGUAUAAAACUGCACUAUUGUGAAAUAUGUCUUCAGAAAAGAAUCACU